CCCCUGUUCAGCUCUGAUCACCGCCUCCUCCUUUCCUGCCAGGCUCAGGGAGGGGGCCACAUAACACAAACACACUCAUACAUUCACACACACUGGCCGCAAUCCGUGCUCCAUUCCAGCUUGCAUGUGGAGCCCUCAUCAUCAUCACCAUCUACCAUCCUCCUCCUCUUCCUCCUCCUCCCAGCUCCCAGGAUCUGCACUGACCGCAUCAGCCAACAUGAUCCCCCUGCAGCUAGGACAGCUAUGAGCCCCCCAGUCUCAGCCCGGGCUACAUGUAGGACCCCUUUCAGCAGAUGUUUUGCAACGCGUUUUCUGGUCACAGGAGUGGCAGGCACAGUGACAGUGCAGUGACAUCUGAGCCGAGUGCUGACUAACUGGAUAACUUAGCAGUGUGCCUGAGGAAAGGCAGCACAACCAGCUCAUGAAUGUAACUAUUUCUACCAACUACGUCUUCCAAGUAGCAGGACCAUCCCAGCAGAACAACGCACUUGGCAUGUGCAAAAAAGACUAGAUUACCAUGCCUAAUUUCAGCACACUGACUCUUUGCAUCACUGCAAUCAGCUUUUCCAUAUCCCAGCUCCUGUUUCAUGUAGGCAGCUCUUGGUUCUCAACACGUCUGACUUGUGGCUUCAGCAAACUCAGUUCAAAGCAGAAGAUUGAAUGGAAUUCCAGGACAGUGUCGACGUUCCAUGCGCUGGUAGUUGGAUGCUUCUGCUUGUAUAUUUUACUAUUCGAUGAUGCUGUCAAUGCUGACCCAGUUUGGGGAGAACCAUACAUGGUCAAGCUGAAUGUUGCAAUAACCUCAGGCUACCUCAUCUCAGACUUGAUGCUUAUUUUAUACUACUGGAAGGCGAUUGGUGAUAAAUAUUUUGUGACGCAUCAUGUGGCAGCUCUGUAUGCUUACUACUAUGUACUGGGUGAAGGAAUGUUGCCAUAUUUUGGUAAUUUCCGGCUCCUAGCUGAAUUCUCUACGCCUUUUGUCAAUCAACGGUGGUUCUUUGAAGUGCUGCGAUACCACAAACAUUCCGUGCCCAACAUGGUGAAUGGAGUUUUGAUGACAAUCGUCUUCUUCAUCGUCAGGAUAGCUGUCAUACCGACCUACUAUGGGCGCGUCUUUUCCACUUUUGGCACAGAGGCAUUUCAUAGACUGGGCCUAGGGGCACAAUGCGCUUGGAUCAUCUCCAGUGUAUCCCUGGAUAUAAUGAACGUCAUGUGGAUGAUGAAGAUCACUAAGGGAUGCUACAAAGUCCUCUAUCAUACUGAUGGCUGUUUGACCAAAACUCAGAAAAAUGGGAAAACUGAUUAGCAAGAGUCUCGUGUGUCUUCCAACCGGCAGAUGUUGGGGGCUCGUCAGGACCUGCAUGUGAUUUAUUUUUUUCCCCCAUCGUAUAAAUAAUGAACUUCUGUUAUUACCUCUUUGUAAUGUUAAUCGCUCAUGUUCACAUCUUGCAGUUCUACCAACACACUAAUCCAAAGAGUGAGACUAUGUUUAUUUCUGCCAUUGUUUUAAUAGAGAUUUCUAGAUAAGUACAAGUUUUUAUGUAUUCUGUAAUGCAGCAUUACAUCCUGAUGUGCAUUUACCAUUAUAGGAUAUCCCAGAGAGAGAGGAAACUGUCUAGUAGGAUCAUAAUCUGCUAUUAUUGUAGCUUAUCUCCAU